AUGACAGCCACGUGGGACAAAUGGGGGGUUAGGAUCCCCCUGACUGUGCUCUGGAUAGAUGACAACCAAGUCGUGCAGGUGAAAACAAGGGAAAAAGAAGGAUACACCUCCCUGCAAAUCGGGUCCGGGCAGAAAAAACCAAAGCAGCUGACCAAACCGGAGCUGGGGCAUUUCCGGGCAGCAGGGGUGCCUUUGAAGCGAAAACUAGUGGAGUUCCGUGUGUCAGAGGAUUGUAUUCUGCCCGUGGGCACGCCCAUAGACGUGCGGCACUUUGUUCCCGGGCAGUUUGUGGACGUCACAGGGACCACCGUGGGAAAAGGAUUCCAGGGUCCCAUGAAGCGGUGGGGGUUCAAGGGCAUGCCCGCAUCCCACGGAGCAUCGCUCUCACAUCGAAGCCACGGGUCUACUGGCGGCCGGCAGGACCCUGGCAAGGUGUUCAAGAACAAGAAGAUGGCGGGGCAGAUGGGCAACAAGCAGCGCACGGUGCAGAGCGUGUGGGUGUACAAGGUGGAACCGGCCAGAGGGCUGCUGUGGGUGAAGGGGCAGGUUCCUGGGCACAGUGGAAACUUCGUGUUUGUGAAGGAUGCAGUGAGGAAGCACGAGGUGCAGGGGCCAGACGCUCAAGAGCAUGGCGGCCUGCAGCUACCUUUCCCCACUUUCUACCCUCCAUCUGGGGAGGAUUUAGCGUCUUUACCCCCGCUUGUUGCGGAUGCUGGCGAAGUGGAUCCCUUUGCAGCUGAAGGAUAG